CCGGCUGCCGGCACCCAGUAUGUGGGCACGGCUCAGACUGAGCUCUCUCUUUGGCUUGACCUGUGGUCUCUUGUGGCUGUGCCCAGUGGCUAGAAGCACUUGUGCUGACUAUCACACACUCCUCCAACAACUGAAGAACUUGGCAAAGACAGAUUUCCUGACGCCAUUCAUGGCCAACUACAUCGUAAAUGCCUCACGUCUCGCCAAUGACUGCAAAAAGAUCCCGGACUUCCUCAUGACGGAGACCCUUGCGGACUUACCUCCAGUCACCUUUCUCCAGACUGUGAGUCAGACCCUGCACCUCGUUGAACAGAAACUCGAGAUGAACCUCUUCGAAAGGAUGAUCCGCCAAAUCCAAGGGAUCAAUAACAACAUCUAUUGUAUGCUUAGGACCCUCACCGGUGAUCCAACGCCUUGCCUCCCUCCUAGAAGCAAAGAGGCCCCUUCCAUUGGAGCUAAUUCAGGUUUCUUGUGGAAGAAAGAUAGAUGUCAGCUCAUUCAGGGGUACCAGAGCUUCAUGCAGGCUGUGAGACAGGUGCUAGAAACUUGGGGUGCCAGCCCUGGGCAGAGAAAUAGGAAUAGACGUUCCCUUCUCAAGGCCCUUGUUGGCCAAAGGAGGAGAGUGAGGGCAGGCUGACUCAAGCCUAGGGGCGCCGUGCUACAUCAGCCUCCAGGAAGUGGGAUCAGAGGUCUCUCUGCUGGGCUGUUUGAACAGUGGUGGAGUCGGAGGUGGUGGGCCCGAUGGCUCGCUGACUUAUCCACCUUUCUGUUGGUUUCCACUCUGGGCUUAGAUAUGUUGCACUUUAAUGUGAGGAGGGGGGAUGGCUGACGUCUCCCUGAAUAGUGGUGGAUGUAGUGCUAUUAUUGGGCUGAACUCCCUCCACUCCCCCCCCAAAGCCUUCUCUAUUCCUUGAACACUGCCCUUUCAGGUCAUGGGGUGGCCAGAGCUCAGCACCCUGUGACUCUUCAUGAAUCAGAGGCCAACUUUCCAUUGAUUCAGGGGUCUGAUGACAAGGCUUGACUCAGGGCCCAGUGCCUUCCUUAUUCCCUCCUCUACCCCCUUAGCCUCCCUUCUGGGGGCCUUAGCUCAAUUCUUUCUGCUCUGACUGCUCCCUCCCCUUCCCCCCUGGGCCUCUAAGAGUCUUCCUUUUGUAAGGGCUGAGGUGGGGGCCAGUGGGGGCCUCGAGCUAAGGGGGUAGCCUCCCCUCUGCUCACUCACUCACGUCCUACUAGAUACUGGAGAUGGCUCUCAGGGCAAGAAAGGGCUCACCUACCCGGGAGGUGGGGGCCAGCCUUAUUUUGUGGCAAUGAUCUGCCCCCUCCAGUGACUCACUGAGAUAGAAAUUUUGCCACUUGGGAAGAAAAACUGCUGCUGGACAGCAUGUAUCCCCGAGGGAUGACCCUAAGACCCAAGACCUCCCCAUCCCUGCCUAUCCCUGAGG